AGGAAAUCGAAACUAGCGUAUAUCAAUUUCCGUACAUCCAGGUGUUAAGAAUGUAUUUUAGAUAACACAAACGAACCGUCCUCUACGCUCAGAAUGGCGUCUGUCGACGGUACUCAAAAUGAGGCGUAUUACAUACGCCUCCAUUUGCUUCUUAUGGAAGCGCAGAAGGUUCUGCGAGCCAAGUUUGACUCUAAAAUAAAACCUCUUGAUUUAGCUACAACACUCAAGUUUGCAAAGAGCAAACUUGAUAAGCUACAUAGAGAUCAUAUAAUAACCAAUGAACAAUACAAAUUAUUAAACCCAAAUCCACAAUCCGACCGUUUUGAUACGACAUUGUUGCUGUGUCUCCUUCAAAACGUCUGCUAUUGGUAUCCCAAACUCAAGGUUUGGGCUGAAAAAGAUAACAGUAAAAUAACAGGCAACUCGGACCAGGAGAACAUUCAGCGAAUAAGGAACUUAAGAAACAAAAUUCAGCACCAAGCGGUUGCUAGCUUAGAACAGCAGGAAUUUCAAAACGACUGGGAUAUCCUAGAGAGGGCUAUGGUCGAACUCGGAACCAGUUGCGGUAUGAACGAUAUACAGAAUACAAUAAUUGACAUUAAGACAAAAACUUUGGAAAUAGUAACACCUGAAAUGAAAAGCCUUCGAGCUAUCACGAUAGAAGACCUUAAAGAAUACCAACGUGAUCAACAAUAUUACGUCAAAACUAAGUCCUGGCAUCUAGCAGACAAUAUGUUAAAUGACAGACAUCUGACAAUAUUAACUGGACAUCCAGGGGAAGGGAAGACAACGAUGGCGGCGGACCUAGCAUUGAACAGGUCAAAACCUGAUAAUUGCUUGAAAUUGGCUAACGCCCACGAUUGGCGAAAAGUUGACUGGUCGCUGAAGCUGUUCAACACUGUAAUAAUAGAUUAUAUUUUCGGUGCUGGUGCGUUAGACAACAGUUAUGUUUCAGCUUGGAAAGCGUAUCUGCCAGAAAUAGAGCGAGCUGCUAGACAGAAACGAUUGAAUGUAAUUAUAACGUCUCGGCAUUAUAUUAUGGAAGAGGCCCUUGAUGCACUUAAUAACACUUCAAUAUUCAAGACGAAAGAGGGGAAUAUCAUACAUCUUGCCUCAAAUGAUCUAUCCCACGAAGAGAAAAAAGAAAUUUUAAUUUCGCGUGUUCAACAAACCAAUGCAGAAAAUUUGAUACUGCUGAACAAUAUUGAUAUUGAUGAUUGCGUAGUACAAUCGAUGGGAAACAUUAAUUUGGACGCUGUCAAAACUGAAAAUUAUGUUUUUGGCUUCCCUCAGUGUGCUAAUUUGUUUGUUCAUGAUGGAAACAUUAUGAAAUUAGGAGCACAAUUUUUUGAAAAACCAGAAGCCCAUUUCAAAGCUUGUAUUGAACAGCUGUACAAUGCGAACGACGAAGACAUGUUCCAAAAGUUUUUAGCUCUUGUCAUCGUUUGGGCAGAUCAGAAAGGACACUUAAAAUCAGAUGACGUACGAAAUCCUGCGAAUGCUUCAGAGCACAUACGAUGUGUAGCAAAUCUAUUUGGUAUUGAUGUCAACCACAAAUUCAUGGAGAACAUACGUUCAUCUUUAAGAAGUCACGAGAGAGACUUUCUAAUAUAUAUAGAACACUCCGGAGAAUAUAAAUUUAGGCAUAAUGUCAUAAGAGACAUGGUUGGUGUUGUACUGGGACAGCCUAACCACAAAAUGUAUGAAACCAUUGAAUUGUGCCCACGAGAUUUUCUAAUGAGUAGAAUCCGUCUAGACACAGAAGAAACAGAUGAAAUUUGUGUAGCUGUCGGUAAAGACAAUUAUCUCCAUUUGUGUAAAAAGGUAACAGAACUGGUCUUACGUAAAAACUGCAAUGCAGUUAAUGAAAGUGAUUUAACUACAUCGGAAAUUUCUCAAGAAAUUCUUGAACAAGUUGACCACCGUUACGCAUUAAUACCGAUCCAUAACCUGGAUUUUGGAAUUCUCAAGCACCCAGUUUUUUUGAAUGAGCAGUUUGUCAAAAAAUUUCUACACGUUAUAAAGGGAGAUAACCUGGAGCAAGAAAUAUUUCGAGAGCCUGUUAUGAAAAUGAUAAAACACUUCUUAGAUUACGGCAUUCGAAUGAAUGAGAUGACGAUGUGUGUCCCUGGAUAUGCGCUGUAUAGUAAAAUCAAUGUCCUGGCGAAAGCAUUGGUUGAAAACAACUUAUUUUACAACGAAGACAUUGACCCCUUGUUAAUUGCAGCGCAUUUAGGCGACCUCGAAAUUGUAGAAUUGCUUUUAUCAAAGGAUGCUAAGGUAACGGGGGAUACGAUUCAUGUAGCUAUGCACCGGCCAGAUCUGUCUUGUUUGAAAGCAAUACUUCAGCAUACAGGCUUUGAUAUAAAUGACAAAGGGCAUGCUAUAAAUGGCAAUUAUCCUAUCAUUGUAGCCAGCAAAAAAGGACUUUUUGAUGCUGUAAAAUGUUUGUUGGAAUAUGGAGCUGAUCCAUCAGUUCAAAAUGACAAACAGUUGACUGCCUUGCACAAGGCAGUCAUUUAUGAACAAUCUGAGAUUGUAAAAGAACUACUGACACAUAAUGCUCCACUUGAAAUAAAAGAAUGCAAGUUCAAGAGGACAGCUUUGCAUAUAGCUGCAGAUGUAGGUGCUCUGGCUUUAGUGACAAUACUUCUUGCAAAAGGUGCGGACGUCUAUGUAAAAGACUACCGAGGACAUUAUCCAAUAUUCUUAGCUGCAAUUAGAGGCCACACACCAACGGUAGAAGAAUUACUCAAGCAUGAUAGAAAACAAGAUCAAUUGAGAAUCAAGUCUUACGGUAAAAAAUCAUUCAUUAAAGGGAUGUCGUUAUUUCAUAUUGCAGUUUGGAAAGAAGAUACAAAAUUGAUGGAGAUGCUUAUCCGUGAAAGAGCUGAUCCAAACCUAAGAGAUUUCUUCGGCCGAACAGCGUUAUUUUUUGCCAUUAUGAACGGAUGCAAUAAAAUGAUCAAAAUGUUAUUAACGUAUGCGGAUAAAUCAAUUCCACAAAAACAAGGCUAUACACCUUUGCACGCUGCUGUUUUUAAAAGAAACGCCACAAUUUUAGACAUUUUGGCAGCCUACGUGGAUGUGAACGCCAGAGAUAAUUAUGGCCGAACACCUUUGCACGUCGCAUGUGAAAAGGCCGAUGUAAAAAUUGCAAAACUGUUGCUGAUUAAAUACAAAGCAGACCACAGGCUUAUUACAAAACGAGGCGACACAUUGUACCAUAUACUCCGAAGGGUAAAACUAUUUAGCAAAAGGAGACGAAAUGCUCACUGCAAUCGAAGAGCGAUCGAAUUUUUAAUAAGAAUGGUUGAUCCUACAUAUUUUGAAUGUAUUCGCAAACAAACAAACUGUGCAGGUAUUAGCAUAGAUGAACCCACACACUUGACAAUUAAAGAUGCUACAUAUUUGUUAGGUAUCUUUCUUGUGUUAAAAGAAGGCGAACAUGAGAAUGGGAAUUCUGCUGAAAACGAUGGUACUUGUGGUGAUUUUGAAUAUGCCAAUAUUAUGGUUGCUAUUCUUAAUGCUGCUGUAAACUCUGAUGGGUCCGCUGCUGGUGCCAUUGCUUUUUAUGGUGAUGAUGGCUACUGCUUAUGCAGCCGAUGACUAUGAUGUAAGUCUACACAGUUGGAGUGGUCAAUAUCGGGGCUGUGACGAUUACGGUGAUCAUAUCGACGGCAUGAACUCACAUUUACAAAUAUUCUAUAUAUAUUAAAAUGUAUUUUACGUUUUGUUUUUGCAUAAUAUUCGAUACAAUGAAUACAGAUUUAGUAUUAUUCGAAAAUAUUGACUUGAAAUUAAAAUUUAUGCCUGAUUAUUUAUGAGCUAAAUACAAAACCGUUAUUAUAUUUUGUUGUCGAAUCGCGCAUCUUUAUUGCCGUUUUUGUGUGUUAUAUAUAAACCUAACUUUAGGUGUAUGUGUAGGUGUAAAUGUAGGUAUAGUUAGCUUUAAGCAGGGUAGAUCAUGUCGUAUAAAGCGCCCCCAUCGAUACAAUUUCACAUACAUUUCAAUCAUUAUAUUGCAAUUUGAAAUGUUCUUCUUAUUUAUAACGAAUUAACGCGACUUUAUCAUCGAAGGCAAUGUUUUUUAAACUCAUUUGUGCAAUGUACAGGACCAUCUUAUUAGAACGCAUAUUCUGCCACGGGUAUUGCAUACACUUUUUAUUCAAACGACAUCUUCUAAACCGCCCUGUUGAUUUUAAAGAAUAUUUACACGAAAGAUCCUUUGUAUACCCCAUUUUAAAGGUUUAUUUUUAUCUUUCCGUCCCACUUCAUAUGAAGUUAACCAUAGCUUAAAAUAGUUUGACAAUUAAAAAAUAAAGUAUCUUUCAAACCGCAAGGAUAGGAUGCUUAAACAUUUGGUGUGUAACAUAAUGAAGUGUCUUAUAAAUGUUUGUUCAUAUCCUUCCAGUUCGAGCAUAACUUUCCAUGCCCCAUGAUUAAUAGGGACUUAUGAAGUAAAUGACUUAAAACAAUCCACUGGGUCGGAAGGAGUGAGAUGUUAUAUAUUUGAUUUGCUUAUUAUUUUGUUGAGUUUGCAUAUACCUCUUUAGCGUGUUGUAAUGUAUGCAUUUAAACUAUCAUGAAUUUGCGCAAUGGUGUGGUUUCAAUUAUUAUUUAUAUUAUCAAGAAUUAUGAUAAAAUUACUAUAGAAUUCAAUACCGAUGUAUACGUGUAUAAUCUUCUCUGCAGACCUGUAAACAACAGAUAUCGACUUGUCCAAAAUUUCUUUUUUUAAGAACACCGCGCUUUUAAAGGCCUAACAAAAUAGUAAAUUUAUAACAUAAAUAUUUUUUUAAUUCUGUAAAUAACUUAAAAUAACUAAAAAUACGUAUAUAUUGUAUAUAUCUGUGUAGCAUUAAAAAAAAUAUUGUAUAUUUUAAUAUUUUAUCAAUGUAUUUAAUAAUAAGUUCACAUACAUUGAAAUCUUUUGGUGUACGUUUGCAGUUCCGAAAUAUAGAAUAUUUUCUAAGACCAUUAGCGUAAUAUUAUAUUCAGUCAGCUUCACAAAAACAACCUACUGAAAUUAUGCUAAGCGGAUAAGUAUGUAAACUUGUUAAAAAAAGUUAAUUGGUAUUAUUUUCAAAAUAACCUAGUGACGAGUCAUUGUGUCGCUAUUUUACUAUAUUCAACUAUUUCCGUAAAAACUGCAUGGUUUAAUUUCAAAAUAAUAUUCCAUAGAAUCUUUCAUUUUCAUCUUAAAAAAUAUCACAAAGAAAACAUGGCCGUCCGGGUCAUUAAGUUACAUUAAACGUAAAUUGUAAUAAAUUAGUGGUCAGUUUUCAAACUAAUCACAAACUUAUAGAUAUGCUAAUAAAUUGCCAAACUGUUCUUUGAGUGCUUUCGUUCAAAACAUGAAAGUGCAUUGGCUGGAUUUUAUUAAGCAUGGCUGUCAAAAGACCAGAUUUCUGUUUUAACGAUAUACGCGCUCCGAUACGAUAAUUAUGGCAAUUGUCCUUUUUGUUCAUGUUUGCGCUUUGACUUAUUGGCCAUGUAAACAGAUAUUUUUAGUAUGUAAUUGUGUCAAUUUACGCUAAAAACAUUUCAUUACUAAACUUGUUCUGUCGAAAGUAACGCCUGUAAUUUUGGUAUGAAAAAAGUAAAACUUGUAAUUUUU